AAGAGUGAGUGGAAAGAGCGAGGGGAGAGAGAGCGAUUGAGUGUGUGUGUGAGAGAGAGAGGGAGCUUAAGCAUGAGAGGAGAGGAGUGAGGAUGGAUCAAACGCGCACUAUCCUCGCAUGACAAUGAUGACGACCACUUUAUACUCCAAGACCUAAUAUUAUUUUUUUCACUUCACGUUUCAGGAUAACGGUACACAACAACCGCAAACUUUAUGAAAUGCAGUGACUUGACGAGAAAGUAACGGUUCUCUUCACCAAAACUACAUCAAACUCUUCACAUACAACGUAUAUUAAAACAAAUAUAUAUAUGUAUAGUGUUACCUUCAUUGUUUCACAACUCAUUUAUCGUGCUUCAUAACCCCCCGCGUAACUUUUUUGGAUGGUUUUGGGACAGAUGAAAGAGAGAUGACGGAUUUAUUUUGAAAAACUGCUUAAUAUAUCUUUGACUCCCAAAAUGGAAUCGUCGCUUAUGUACCUGUUUUUAUCGUUGACGUUACCUGGAGUCAUUUGGCGUGCGUCUUCGAAUCCCUCGCUGAACAAUCUCCAACCGGCUCUGAGCCAAUCCAGUCCAAAUGGGGGGAGAGUAGCGAGCAGGCACAGGAACUGGUGUGCCUACGUGGUGACACGCACCAUCAGCUGUGUAAUGGAGGACGGGGUGGAGACGUAUGUGAAGCCAGACUACCAGAGAUGUGCCUGGGGACAGUGUUCCAGAGUGAUGGCGUAUCGUACGUACCGGAGGCCCAGGUACAAGGUGGCCUAUAAGAUGGUGACAGAGAUGGAGUGGAAGUGUUGUCAUGGUUACUCCGGGGAUGACUGCUAUGAUGGUCCAACGGGGACCGGGGACAGCCAGGUCACAGCGGGACGACCUCACGUCACACAGACCGGAUACAACAAUGGAGCUGAGCAGAAGGGAGGAGAGGGUGACAAUGACAAGAUGAGACAGAUGGAGGAGACUAUUCAGAGGUUGACCAAGGACCUCCGUGACAUACAGUCCACCAUGACGGGCAUGAACCUGAGGCUCCAAGACGGAACUAAGAGGCCAGGCCUGAAUGGAGACAGGACCCCUGCAGACGCAGCCAAGCCUAUGAAAGAGACCAUCCACUACAUUCAGACCAAACUUGACCAACUGGACAAUCGCACACAGGUCCACGACCAGACCCUGCUGUCCAUCAACAACCAUUUGGUCAAUGGUGACAGAGGUUCCCGCGGCAAUGAGCUAGACGGGGCUGUCACAGGCAAGAUGGACGCCAUGAAGGAGGAGAUCCUCCGCGAGCUGGAGAGGAGGGUCAGUCUGUCGUGCUCCUCCUGCCAGAGUGGGGUGGAGAACAUAAGGAAACAGCAGAAGAGUGACCAGGAGAGGAUCAGUGCUCUGGAGAAGUUGCUGAGUUCCAUGGAGCAACACUAUCGCCACAACAUGGACGUCACCAGGAGGGAGAUGGAACGUACACAGGGCUGCUGCAACACUGUCACAGAGAUGGACAGGAGGCUGACCACCACGGAGGGGAAGUUUAACGCCACAGCACAAGACUAUGAUGUCAUCAAAGAGCGCCUGGACAAGGAGCUGGGUGGUGGGUCGGGUGAAGGAGGAGGAGGAGGUGAGAAAGGAGGGAGGACGAAGGUGACGGAGGAGAAGUUGAACAGUCGACUGAGGGAGGUGGAGAGGAGGCUGAACAACACGGUGAGGAAGACAGAGCAGAAGUUGACCAACACAGGAAACAACAUGAAGGACAACCUGCAGAGAGAGGUCACCACCAUCCGUAACAUAGUCCUCAGCCACAUGGAUGACCACGGCUACAGGAUAGGCAAGGUGGAGCUGGACCUCACAGUCCUGACGGACACGGUUACCGACCACAGCCGACGACUGGGUCAACUAGAGAACACAACAAACUUUAUCGACACCAAACUGUCGAGGACAGUGGACAUGUGCUCCGAGACCUGCGGCCCCAACGGGAAGGGCCGUAAGACAGAAGACAUGGUCAAGACCCUGGAGUGGAGAGUAGUGGCCAACAAGGAGGACAUCCAGAAGUUUGAUACCAGACUCAAGGACCUAUCGCUGACUGGCGACUCUAUAAUAGACAGAGUGGUGGAGCUCAGCAACGACGUUAAGAAGAUCAAAGGAUUGACGGGGGAGGACGGCGAGCGCUUCAAUCAGAUAGUCACGGAGGUGGAGACGCUGGGGCGGAGCGUGGACGACUGCUCCAUCUGUAGCACAGUAGAACGAGACCUGCAGUCGUUCACCAACAGCACCAACAACGCCAUCGGGAGGUGCCAAAAGGAACUGACCAACCUGCGCAACAGGUUUGACUCUGAGGACUCUUCUUGUUCCCAGCUGUGCUCCAACCUGCAGGAGGAAGUGGGGAGGCUGAAGGAGGAAGUGGGGAGGCUGAAGGAGGAAGUGGAGGAGUGCACAGGGAAGUGUAAGACCGCCCUGACGGAACUAAAGAAAAACUUGGACGGACAAACGACCCUCCACGGACGGUUGGGGACGGACCUGAAAUCCAUCCAGGGGGAACUAUCCAAGUUCACCAUCAGGUUUACUACCCUGAAUGACUCUGUGAAGGGGCUAGGUCAUACAGUCCAGAGCCAUGGCAACACCAUCACAGACCUGGGCUCUACCAAGGAUAACAUCAUGUCUGAGUUGGACCACGUGCAGACAGAGCUGGACGAGCACGUCAAGGACACCAGGGGGCGCUUCACUGACCUGGGUCGUGAGAUAAAGACCAUCACCAGUCAAUACGUGACGGAGAUUGGGGAGUGUUGGCGGUCCGGGGACGGGCUGGACAAGAGGCUUUCCAAGAUGGAGGACGUCUGUGGCCGGCUGGAUGGUGUCUCCAACAGCCUGGCCAAGAUCAAGGAGGGGCUGAACAGACACGUGUCAGGGCUGUGGAACUGUGUCAACACGCUCAACUCUACGGUCAUCUUCCACGACGAGUCCAUCGACAACAUCCAGCACGUCCAGCUUCCAGACGUUCACUCUGACAUCAACAGGCUCAACACCUCUGUCCUCAACGUCCUCGAGGAGUUCCACAGCUUUAAACAACAGGACUUUGUUGGUUCCCCUGGUCUGCCCGGUCCGAGAGGAGAGAGGGGCUACUCUGGACUCCCCGGGCCAAAGGGACCCCAAGGAAGAGAAGGGCCCCAAGGCAAACCUGGCAAAGAGGGGCCCCUGGGACCUCCAGGUCUGAGAGGUGAAGAAGGUCCAGCAGGAUCAGACUCCCACGUUCCUCGUCUGUCCUUCUCAGCAGCUCUGACCCGCCCUCAGGCCAGGGCUGGAACGAUAGUCUUCAACAAGAUCUUUGUCAAUGAGAAGGAUGUCUAUAACCCAGGCACAGGUUACUUCACAGCCCCAGUGAGUGGUAAAUAUUUCUUCAGCGCUACCCUGACAGGCCAUAAGAAUGUGAAGAUUGAGGCUGUCCUAUCUAAGUCUAACUACGGAGUGGCGCGUGGGGACUCUGCAGGCUACCAACCAGAGGGACUGGAGAAACCCAUGGCGGAGGCCAGACACACGCCCGGAGCCCUGGCUGUUUUCAACAUCAUCCUCCCUAUGAAGGCGGGAGAUACCGUCUGUAUCGACCUGGUCACCGGGAAACUAGCCCACUCCUCAGAACCCCUCACCAUCUUCAGCGGGAUGCUGCUGUAUGAGACCGUCUGAUUGGGCUAGACUGUCAGUGUGAGGCCUUCUGAUUGGCUGAUCUGAAGGAGAGGGAUGAGUCUAAUUGGUGCUUACAGAGACAAACAACAGUGUCUUGAGAUCAACAAUUGAAUCAAACCAGCAAGAGAAAUACCUUCAUGAAUGAAUCAAACCAGCAAGAGAGAUAUACCUUCAUGAAUGAAUCAAACCAGCAAGAGAUAUACCUUCAUGAAUGAAUCAAACCAGCAAGAGAUAUACCUUCAUGAAUGAAUCAAACCAGCAAGAGAUAUACCUUCAUGAAUGAAUCAAACCAGCAAGAGAUAUACCUUCAUGAAUGAAUCAAACCAGCAAGAGAUAUACCUUCAUGAAUGAAUCAAACCAGCAAGAGAUAUACCUUCAUGAAUGAUAUAGAAGAAAGAAAUCCAUCUAUUUGAUGAUUUGUUUUUUUUGUGUUUCACAGCUUGGAGUAAACAGGAAUCCCACUGGGCACAGAUGUCUAUUCCACGUUGGUUCAAUGUAAUUACAUUGAAAUGACGUGGAAACAACCGCUGUCUUCCCAGUGGGAUUAUACAUCCAUUUCUUUGACAUUCAUUUCCUUUUUUGAAAGAGAUGCUACUGCAUUGUUUUAUAUGUUAUAAUAUUUUAAUAGUUUGUUCAACACUAUCAACUUUAAUGUUUCACUUAUUUUCAUAAGCUGGCCUUGAGGUCUCACACAUAUUCUUUAACGUCAAAGCAAACUAUAGUAUAUUUUUGAAAUGAUCACAAAAUAAUGCAACGUUUUUUUGUUCCAUGUAGACUGAUACACCCACAAAUAUGACUGGGAUGGUUUUAUGUUCUAGAAUCUGUUUAUAGCACACAUUCUAUGUCAAAGUGGUUCUGAACUAUUUUGUAUACGCAGUCUAAAUUACUCACACUAUCUAUUUCACGGGUGCAAACAGAUUGAAGAGAAAUGCAACAAUAAGCACAUUUUCCUCAAGUAACAGAGCAAUUUCAGGGUGUGGGGAGCAGACCAGCAACAACCAAAGUUACGCUGGUGUUCAUUCUGACUUUUGUUCUAGAACUCAGAAAGAAAAAUAACAUUUUGAGGAAAAUUCCAUUAAUAUGUUCUAGAACUCAAACAGAAAAAGAACAUUUGAGGAACAUUCCAUUAAUAUAUCCAAGGACUCAAGAGAAAGAUUUCUUCUCAGAAUCUCUAAUGUAGCCAUAUAAGGGUCAUAUAAACUUGGUGAAGGUCGAGGGUUCAACUGUAAAGCGUGUGUCCUCUCUGUUUCUCUGUCAACCAUAUUCAGAGCCACAGAUAACACUGAUGAGGAAGGGUGCACAUCCUUCUAUCCCUCCAUGAAUUGAAACCUCAGCCCAGAAACCAUGUGCCUGGUCAAAAGUAGUGUACUAAGUAGGGAAUAGGGUGCCAUUUGGGACGAAGGCCGUGUUUCCUGUGUCCUUCCUCACUAGGCCAAUUAACAUGCCUUUCCUUUCUGAAAUUAUUUGAAUUCGGUCCGAUACAGUACAGGAAGACCCUCUAGUGGAAUGUUCAUAUGUUGACACUAUCGAGGAACAUUAUCAUCAGAAAUGACAUUUACGGCUAUGUCCCCAAUGAUAUCCCAUUUUAACUAUAUAGUACACUACUUUGGACCAAGUGCACAAAAAAAAUAAAAAUAAUAAUAAUAUAUAUAUUAUUAUUUAUUAUUAUUAGUAUUUUUUUUGUGCACUUGGUCCAAAGUAGUGUACUAUAGUUAGAAUAGGAUACUAUAAAUAAAAUGGGUGCCUUUUCAGAUGCACAUUGUAUUUUAUCGUGCCAUAUGUUGCCAGAAUUUCCCAAAGCCUUGAACCAGCCCGUUUGGAAAUGCAAUUUACUUUGUAAUAUGUGUUUUUUGUUGUUGUAUGCGUUGAUGUACAACCUCAAUAGUUUGUAAAUAUUUGUAUGUAUAUUUUUUGGUCAUAUAUUCGUAAUUUGUUGUGACUGUAUGUUUUAGAUUUAAAAAAAAAAAUUAGGUUUGUGUUUUUGUUUUGUUUGCCACAUGUGACUCCAAUACAGAUCACUUUUCCACA